AGGUUGCGGCGUUUCGCUACACAUUUGAAGGACCGGCAUGGUACUCGUACUGCACAAGCCCCAAAAACGGUACCGGAGGCUGGUGCGAUGUGCUGGAUGGAUUCGAAUUCCAGCGCUUAUUUCGCUCCGUCUCCACCGCAACUUACCACCACCCCCACCAACUAUUCUUCCCCGUAUUUGCAGGACUAGUUCAACCCACUCUCUUAUUCCGCACGCCGUCCCGCGAGCAACUCUUGCUCUUAGACUAGCUUUCGCGCAACUCUCCAACUCAAAAACCGUAGUCCUCUACGCCACCUCCCCUCCAUGUCCAUGGCGCGCAAAGCUCGCCAACGGAUCAGCUAUGGUUUGUUCCCCGUGCAUUCUCGUGGCGAAGCGACUGAUCAAAGUUGCAGUACUACCACUAGCCAACUCUCCUGGUGGGCAUCGCUUAGGCGUCAAUAGUCUCGCUGUCGAUAAACAGGGAAUUCUGUAGGUUUAUCUCUCUUAGUCAAACUCGAGAGUACCUGCCAGCCUCCGAGGGCAUUUUUAGCUGACGUAAUUUGGUUGGAACGAAGUUAUUCAGCCGGUCGUGAUGGCGCCAUCUGCUCUUGGAAAAUCGGCGUCGAUCUCACAGAUGGCGCAGCAAACUCAGUGACGAUCCCUCGCCCCACUCCUCGGCCCUCCACCUUUUGUGCACAGGCCCAAGCCCAUACCCACUGGGUUAACGACCUUGCGCUCUGUCAAUCUAACACUGCACUUGUAUCUGCUUCGUCAGACCUGACAGUAAAGCUCUGGCGGCCUCAUGCAACCGACCAAUUACCACCGGAGACAAUAGGCGUCCAUAGCGACUAUGUCAAAUGUCUUGCGACACCCAAUGAGCAUUCGGAUUGGGUUGCUAGCGGGGGGCUAGACCGAAAAAUCAUGGUUUGGGAUCUCAACGGGGGUGGUGAGAAACUACAGAUCGAUGUGGGUGAUAGGGGCACUAACCCUAAGGGCUCCAUAUAUUCGCUGGGAAUUGGAGGAGGUAUCAUAGCCAGCGGCGGUCCCGAGAGCGUGGUUCGUGUUUGGGAUCCACGAUCGGGUCAAAGGGUCACAAAGUUUGUUGGGCACACCGACAACGUGCGAUCAAUUCUUGUCAGCCAGCAGGGCAACAUUAUAUUGACUGCCUCCUCCGACACCACAAUCAAGAUGUGGAGCUUAACUGCCGGAAGGUGUAUCCAUACCCUAAGUAUGCAUAACGAUAGUGUUUGGUCACUCUAUUCGUCCCAUCCCAACCUGGAUAUCUUUCACUCUAGCGAUCGCUCAGGAUUGGUAGCCAAGACUGAUGUCCGAAAUGUGGAUGAGAUAGAGGAGGGUAUAUGUGUGGCAGUUUGUCAGGACCAAGAAGGUGUAAAUAAGGUGGUUGCUUGUGGUGGCUACCUCUGGACUGCAACCCAAAGUUCUAGUAUAAAUCGCUGGCUAGACGUGGAUACCAACGCAGAUAUCGGCCCGGAUCCAAGACGCCCCAGGCUGACUUCAUCAGCCAGCGCUAGGCCAAGGAUCAUAAAUUCACCCCCACCACCAGGUGUUCCAAGCUCACCAACAGCCGCUGGACCAAAGCAGGCAACCAUCCCCGUAAAUGCCCUGCUGAGGCUGUCAACAACGUCCGCGUUCCCCUCCAAUGUUAGGGACCCUGAUGCUGUCACUGUGUAUUCAAUACCUAAUGCCCGACAAGCUUCAAUAUCAGAAACCAUUCUCGACGCCGAUCCCGGUAUCCUGGUUCCCGUAAACGAUCUUCCAGACGAAACCAUUGAAGGACAGCACGGUCUAAUAAAGCACUUUUUAUUAAAUGAUAGAAGGAGGGUCUUAACCUUAGACACAGCGGGCGAGGUUAUGAUGUGGGACAUACUGAAAUGCAUGCCGGUCAAAUCCUUUGGCAAAAGACACCUCGAGGUUGUUGCGGCCGAAGUAAACACUGUUGAAAGUGUGGCGAACUGGUGUCAAAUAGAUACUCGAACGGGUCGGCUCGCCUGUGUCUUGGAAGAAAACUACUGUUUUGAUGCUGAGAUGUAUGCCGAUGAGGCCGACAUCGAAGACGCAGUGGAGUUCAGGGAUGAUCAAAGAAGUGAGGACUGCUUAUAUACCCCCAUUUUUGGAACAGCACCGCUGCUAACAGCUUUCAGUUAACCUUGGCAAAUGGGUCCUCCGUUAUCUUUUCAGUAAUCUCAUUAACGAAGAGAUUGCUCGUGAUGAAGAUUAUAGGAAAAGACUCGACAGCGAUAGAGAGAAACGUGAGCAAACACGACGUGCCAAUGCGCCUCCACAGAUUUCAAUGCCACCAGUCACUUUCUCCUCAUCGGAUAUCAGCACCCAAUCUCCCGGAGGGGCCGGCGCUGCCACCCCUAAAGCGUACAACGGGUUUUCGCUAUUUCCACAAACACCGGGUAUGGCAAUCGGCCUUGCAAGUCCUGCACUAGCCCUUGGACCUGCUAAUAUUGCACACGCUGGAGAGGCGGCACCACUACCCACCACCAGCGAAGAAGAGAAUGGGCCAAGAGCUUCCCUUUCUCCCACUACUAGGGGAUCAAUUGACAAGCCAGCGACUAAUGACUAUUUCUCAGCCGGAAAUAAUGCGAUGCCAAACAAACUAACGUCAUCUGGCCCCUCACAAGGCGAAGCAGUUGACGAUGCUCCCGCAGCCCCCUCCACGGCGGACAAAGAAAAGGAAGAGAAGGAUUCAUCGCUUCUUGGGAGAUGGAGAUCGUUCGGAACUAGGAAAUUGGGUCGUUCUGCCUCCACGGACAUGACAAACAAACCCACUGUAUCAACGGUCGACGAAAAGCCAUCUGAAGACGAAUCUGCGAUAUCUGAUAAGCCCGAUCCCUUAGAAGACACGCUCCUAGGCGUCUUAAAGAAGAUCCGGGGAUCCUAUGAGAUCCAGGUUCGGGAAAGGGUGGGCGAACCCUUUAGGAGCAGCAUUGCUCCUAGCUUGCCCCUCGAAACGCCAGUUUUAAAACCUCCCGGAAAUACUACAAUCAUUAUCCAAGAGGACAGACUUGAUUUCGGAGGGGUUGCGGAUCUAUAUAGGGGCACAGUCGCCUGUGUUGGCGAGGAUGCGGAUUUGCUCGAGAAAGUUGCCCCAGCCUGGCUGGGAGACCUUAUUCUUCUUAACCGUAUCCCACUAAAGGAGACCGUUAAAGUAAGCUUCGUUCUAAUACCAUGGCAGGACAAACUCCCCCAUCUACCUAGCGAGUCUGGAAGGUUAGUCACAUUCACCACCGCCCAUCUCGGGUGCCUAUGCAGAUCGGCCACCUCAAGUGCUAACAUCCCAUAAAGCGAAGGCAAAAAUUCUAGGUUAAACGCAAACCGCAUGUUAAGAGCGAAAAAGAUUGUAGCUUAUGUUGCAGAAAGAUUGGAGCCCCCUUUCACAACAACUACGUUUGCUCCAGAGAUCAAAGAGGGCGAGAGCCCCCCAAAGCCAGAGCACUGGCUUGAGCUUCUUUGUCACGGCCAGGUUUGUGUCAUCUAGCUGUUUAUUAUAUCAGCAACAACCUACUUACUCAAAGUUCAGGUUGUGCCCCCAGCCAUGACAUUGGCGACCAUGCGCUCCUACGUCUGGAAAGCCCAUGGAGACGUGGUAAUUCACUACCGAAGAAAAGAUGGAGCUGCUGUGUCGCCAGCCUCGUCGACUACAGCGGUUGAAGUUGAAAAGGAUGCUAAUGGAGAAGGGGCUAUGGGUAAUGUUACCACUAUUCGAUGA